CUACUGAGCCAUUUCCCCAGCCCGUAAACUAUUAUUAAUAUACUUUUCUAAAGUCUUUAGGAUUGAGAAAAUAUGUAUUUCCAGAUAUGGAUAACACGAUAGUAAGGCAUAAACAGAUAAAUGGAGGACCGCUUGAUUUCCUAGAAAAGAGUUGUCCCAGAACAGGCCCAGGAGGAGCUGCUGCCUUCCCCCUCCCUCAGCUCUCAAAAAAAUUUUCCAUGUCCCUAGUUUUCAUUAAAUACUACUCUCCUUCUGUCCUUGUCAUUUGACUGUGGAGCAGUUGAUUAAAAUGUUUUAGCAGAAAUAACACCAAAUUCACAAGAAUACAAACCUGCCAAUUUUUUUUUAAUGGUCGCUUCUGCUUCCCUUACUGGUUGUCUGGCCCUGUGGCUCCAGUUGCUUAAGACGUGUAAGUUGAACUUGUGGCCUGCUGGUAAAAGCAUAGAUGACAGAGAAUAAUUUGGGGGGGCUUGCCCUUUUGUGACUUGGGUUCGCCCCCCACCCUGUAGUCUUAUUAAGGGGAAGCCACCUGAAUCUUCAUUCCCACUGGGUACACUUGCCAGUGGACGGUGCAAGGACCUCACACCUUGAUCCCAGGCAACGCUAACUAGUGAUUUAGAAAUCCUAAGGCGGAAGCCACAGUACGCGCGAAAUUCAUUUCUUAUCAUCUCAAAAAGAGGAACAAUGACUUCUCGUAAUUAAUUUCCAUAUUUCAAUCCUUUACCAUGAAAACUAUUAUUAAUAUACUUUUCACUUUUAUUGAGCUUUUUCACUUUUAUUAUUCAUUUCAGAUGAUUGUUUUAAUACCAGACAUACAUUUACACAGCAUUACCCAAUUCAUAUCGUACAGAUCUCCGUUCGACGGUCUACUUAGCACUCAACAGCACCGCAACAUCGAUAUAUAAGUCUAAACUACGCGUAUACAUUUCCAGAGUAGCCAGCCCCUAAAACAACAGGUGAAAAUUCACAAAUUACCUCGAGCCGCCCCCACCCCCUCGUUCCAAGUCCUCCCCUUUAACCCGGAGGGCGGGGGGUGCGGUCUCCUAGGAGACCACGCGCCCGGCCUCCCGCGCAUGCGCAGAGAUCGGGUCUGGCUGAUGCAACCUUCCGCGUGCCGAGCCGCUCCGCCGAGAGUAAGGAAGCCGACGGGGACAUCCGGCAGACCAAUCAGCCGCCGCGCGGAAGUGUGAGGAAAAACCCGCCCCCGGGGUUUUGAGAAAUAUGUUGGGUUACGCCCGGCUGGUGGCGUAGUCUCCGGCCGCCCUUCGUCUCAUCCGGUAGCUCUAAGUUGUCCAUCCCCGCCGUCCGCUCUGCGGCCAUUUUGGGCUUCGCUUCUACCUUGGCUUCCCCGUCUACCCAGCCUUCGCGGCGGCGCGCUCCUUCGGGCCUCGUAACGGUCGGUAUCCCUGGGAAAGUGGCCGCCGCCGCCUCGGGAGGGCUCCCAUAAAUGUUGGAGAGGUCUCGCGCGGACUAGGACGCCUCCUCCUCCUCCUCCUCCUCCAGGAUGGCUCUCGCCUCCGCGGUCGCCUCCUGUGCUAAUCUCUCGGUGCUGUGGUCUGCCGCUCGGUGCCGACGCCGCUGCCGUGUGUGGCUCUCCCGCGGGCGCAGGAAUCUGCCUCGAGCCCCGACCCCGCCGCUGGGCAAGGCCAAGGCUGUGUAGGCCCCCCUCUCGGAGUCGCAUCUGAGAGACUAGUAGCCGGAGAUGGAGCCGGGGACGCGGAGUUCCCGGAAAGGCGCCGCCCGGCGGGCGGGCUGGUUCCUGCUGCCUUCCUUCCCUGGGCCGUCGCGAGCGGGCGCUUCCAAGUUGCAGACGCCUGUCCCGGAGAACACUGGGGCCCCCACACUGCGUUCUUCUGCCCGGCCCGAGGCUCGGAUCAGCUCCUGGACGAAGUUCCUUUCGCAGCUCCUCGCCCCGCUCCCUAGCUUGCUCCAGAAGCUGCUGAUGUGGGGCCAGCUUUUCGGUGGCUUGAUUCCGACCAGAUGGCUCGAUUUCGCCGGAGGCUACAGCCUCUUGAGAGCCUUGAAGGGACGCGAGGAAGCGGCCGCCCCCAGUGCGCAGAAAAAGUCCGUGAGCUUGCAGCAGCUGCAGCCCGACCUUUUGGACAGCUCAGUUCCCAGUCCCCUUGAUUGGCAAGAGAAGGGGGACCCGUGGCAGUGUGCGUCCUCUGACCUAGGGUUGGGGCUCAAAGCCGAGGGCAGAGCUUUGAACCCUUCAACCCAUGCUUUUCUCAUGGGGCAGCAGCUGUGGGGCAUGGAGCUGCUGCAUAGAGGCCUUCAAGCCCAUCUGUUCAGUAACCGAGAAGGUGGCUCUGGCCCUCCUGGCCUUCUAAACGUUCAGCGCUUGGACAGUUUCAGCGUUGUUUCCUAUUUGCUGCACCCCUCCUACCUGGACUGCCUUACAGGGCUAGAGUUCAGCUGUGAGAACCGCCCUGGACGGGGCGAGCUAGUUGGUGUCCAGACACUAACUCCAGAGAACAGCUGCCUUUCAGAAGACCAUUAUCAUUCCCAGGCACUGCCUGCAGAAUUCUCUGCAACUUCCUGGCAGGGAUAUCCACCUCUUUCCGGAGGAGGCCUCCCCGAAAUCCACCAUGUUCGUAUGAAACGGCUGGAAUUCCUUCAGCAGACUGGCAAGGGACAAGAAUUACCUACACCUGACCAAGACAAUGGCUACCACAGCCUGGAGGAGGAACACGGUCUUCUCCGGGCAGAUGUGCAACACAGUGCAGGUACCACAACACAUUCUGUUCCUCUUACUGGAGCAGUGCCAGCAGGCAACCAUGAGUCUGGUGAGGAAAAAAGAGAGCUGUUGACCGAGGAGGUUCUACUUGGUCUGGAAAAAAGAGCCCCUUUGGAAAGCUUUUCAUGUGUUGAGGUAGCUGUGGAAGAACAGCCUGGGCAGGACCAAGUCAGUGUAGCCGACUCCUCUGACAUAGAAGAUGACCUUCCCCUUUCUGUCAGACCCGCUUGCGGUAACAAGCUGAUCGAUUACAUUUUGGGAGGUGCAUCCAGCGACCUGGAAACAAGUUCGGAUUCGGAAGGUGAAGGUUGGGAUGAGGAAGAUGAAGAUGCUGGUUUUGAUAGUGACGGCUCACUGUCAGAGUCUGACCUGGAGCAGGACUCUGAAGAACUCCACCUUUGGAAUUCCUUCUACAGUGGAGAUCCUUAUAAUCCCCAAAACUUUACAGCAACAAUUCAGACAGCUCCCAGAACUGUUCCUGGAGAACCUUCUGAUUCAGGGAAGGAUUUGUCUGACAAGUCAGAUCUAGAGAAUUCUCCCCAGGCUGAAAUCUUUCCUGAGACCCAUGAUUCUAAUUCUGAGGAGGAAGAUGACUGGGAAUCCAGUGCAGAUGAGGCAGAGAGUCUCAAGCUGUGGAACUCUUUCUGUAAUUCUGAUGACCCAUACAACCUUUUAAAUUUUACAGCUCCCUUUCAGACAUCAGGAAAAGAUUUGAAAGCCUGUCUUGACUCAAAAAGACCACCUGAGUCCUUGGUGGCCAUUUCUGAGUGUCACAACUUACUUUCUUGUAAGGUGCAACUGUUAGGACGCCAAGAAGAUGAAUGUCCAAAUUUGCUACAGCAUGAAAUUGUAGAAAAACACAUGUGUAUCAAAAGAAAAAAGGUAACCUUUGUUGAAGAAGUUACUGAGUAUUAUGUAAGUGGUGAUGAGGAUCGCAAAGGACCAUGGGAAGAAUUGGCAAGGGAUGCAUGCAGGUUCCGGAAACGAAUUCAAGAAACAGAAGAUGCUAUUGGAUAUUGCUUGACUUUUGAGUAUAGAGAAAGAAUGUUUAAUAGACUUCAGAACAUAUGCAUCAAAGAAUUUAAUGUUGUCCAGCAAUGUUGAGUUGACAGUGUGUUGCCCCUAGCAUACACUACCUCUUUCUUUAGAGGUUUCUUCUUAAAAAGAAUUAUUGGAGGCUGGGGAUGUGGUUCAGCAGCACAGCACCUGGCUGGCAAGCACGAGGUCCUAAAUUUGAUUCCCAGUACCAAAAGAAAGAAUAUUUGUAGCUGUUGUUUGUUUUUUGUUUUGUUUUGUCUUUUAAAUUAGAGGAAAUUUAACUUAAUCCAAUGACCUCUGAUUUAGUAUUUUUUUUUGGUAACAUUUCCUAUAUAGAAACUAGGUUUGAAGCCAGCCCUGACAAUGAAGGAUAUAUGACUUUUAAUCUUUUCUUAUUUUAUUUUUAGUUAUUUAGAUGUGGUUUUAAAUGUCCUUUCCUUCCUUGAGAUAGAAGGGGACCUUUUGAGUUGUUAAUUUUGCACUUUCAAAACUUGUUUUCUUGGGAACAAUAUUUAUAGGGCUUAAGUCCCAUUUUCAGUUCUAAUUUAAAUCAUGUAUGUUUUUGUAAAAGCUUUGGCUCCCCUUUCUCCAACAUUCUGAAAUUAGUGGCCUUUUAGGUUUUUCUGUAUAUUUUUCUAUUUCAGUGAUUUAGCCUGUCCACCUUAAGGCUAAAAAUAUAACCAGGUAUAUGGUUAUACAUUUAAAGAACAUUAUCUUGUGUCACUUUUAAGAUUGAUUUUUUUGAAAGUAUAUGGUGAAUUUCUUUUUUUACAUUAAUUUCUACUUACAUUUCCAAGGGCUGCCACAACAUACUCACGUGCAGUACUCUUCUGCAAGUUGGGGGAAACUGCCUCUUUCUGCCAAAUUUUAAAUAUCAGAUAUUUUUGAUUUCUGUUCUUUGGAGAGCGUUUUGAAUAUGUUUUAGUUCCUGAGUGAGUGUACUUUUUGUUAACAUUAAAUGGAUAGAAAUUGUAAAACACUCUGGAAAAGUUAAUAAUUGUAUCAUAGGCAUUUGGUUUUUAAACUCAAAAGCAUAGAAUUCUCUAAAAGGAAGAUAAGAGACAUGUCAAUAAUUGGGUUUUGUUCUAUGUGUUCAACAGUCACCAGUGUUAUUAAUAUGCCUCAGCACUGUCACUUUUAAAACCUGUGUCAGGGUGACAUUGUAAACGUGGAACUGGGCAGUUCUGGAUUCUUAAGUUUGAAAUGUAAAAUACUAAUUUCAGUUAAUGUUCAGGUUUAUUGUGCUCUACUAUUUUAAUAACGAGAGAAGACAUGACAAGGUUCAUACUUUCAGAAAAGGGGAAACUAUAGAUUUAACAGUUAGAAGGUCUUAAUAUCUUUAGCCCAAAUUUAAAGUCUUAGCAUUGACUGCUUGUGGUUGGUUUAUGUAGUUAGAUUUCACAUGUUGCGUAUCUGUUAGGUUGAAGGGAUGUUAGCCAACUCUUGAAUGGUCUGUUUUUCCUCCAGGUGUCUCCUGCCACAGGCAGUGGAAAGCGUUAGAGUACGUGACCACUUAGUUUUGUACCUAGUAGUGUGAGGAUGUAUUUUUCAUCCAAUGUGCUGGUGGGUUACUACCUCAGUUUAUAACCUACCUGGUCAUUAUUUUAUUUGGCCCACUUUAAGAACUGCCUCCACUGUUAGGUAUAUUUGUUGGUACACCGAGAGUGCAGUACCAUAACAAUUGGCCAGAUUUUUGAAGAGCCCUUAUUCUGUGUGUUUUGUGCACCUCCAUUUCAGUCCUGUGUGAGACUGCCCUUGCAGGGUGGUUUAAUAGUAUAGGAGCAGUCUGGUUCCCAGCUGCAGCUGCGUCAGUUGCAAAGCAGGUGCCAUUUGCCUUGUAAAAAGCUGUGAGACAGUGCAGAGGCAUUCUUUUUUAAACCAACCAGAAGCAUACUGCUUUGUUUGAGACUUAGCUUGUAUUUUGUGUUUCUGAAAUCCAGCACUUCUACAUAUUGGAAAAUAAUAGGGCAGCUUACAUUCAAUGGUCUUUGGAAAAUUGUUACAUUGGGAAUCCACCGUUACCACCUAAUGAGUAAAACCUUGAUUAGGAAUUCUUCCCUAUAUACCACUUUCCUUUAGAAGUGAUCAGACAGUGAUGAAAAGGGCAGAAGGGAUUUUUGUAUAAUGGGUCUGAAAGGGAGAAAAUUUAUGUCACUGUCAUCCCAACUCCAAAUGUUCAAGUGAUAUCCACCCCUCAGCCCACAGCCUCUGCCAGUCUUUAGAAGAAAAUCCUGAGAGGUUUUAAGUAAAUGCUUUAUAUAAUAAAGUCUUGUAAUGGUGCUUUAAGUGUCAAUGUAGCACGGGAAAGGGAUUGUACAGACAGGUGAAAUUUACAUUUCUAGUGAUGAAAUGUGAUAACACCUUCUCCUCUGUAACUUGAAAUCAAAACUACCAGAUUUUAUUUUUUAUAAUUUAAGGAAGGUGAAGUUAGGGUUCUAGAAACUUUAAAUUAGCCUCUUUACACCAGUUCAUUGGUAUUUUAUAGCUCAAAUUCUAUUUGUGUAUAUAACUUAACUAAUCUGUAAAUUGUAAUAAAUAUAUUUGCAAUUAUUAAAUGUUACAUGAUAUUUUGUUCAAGUUUAUGUUUUAUAGUAUUUUACAUUGGCUUUGGAAUUACCAGGCAAAGAUUUCAGGGUUAACUAAUUUUUGUAGGAGCACUAUGGAGUGCUAGACAGAUUCAGUGACAUAUAAAUUGUAUCUUAGCUAAUGAGGGAAGGAUGAAAAAGAGAUAAAAAUACAUUGCAAAUCACAUUUUAGUAAUAAAAAGGGGUUGGUUCUUCGAGUAUGGAAGUCUCUUCCUGGAGAUGA